AUGAAUAACAGAGGAAACUAUGGCAUACGCGCUCAGUACAACAAGAUCCCAGUACCAUAUACUGACUUGGUGCCAUAUUUGGUCCAUGUGGGGGCCAUCGUGCCCAAAGAAAUCCCUCAGGCCGUGCCGCCUUACCAUUAUAAACAUAACCCCAACGCCUCAUGCGCCUACCACGUCGGCCACGUGGGACAUUCCACCGAAGACUACUGGCCUUUAAAGAAGAAAAUACAAGACUUGAUUGAUAGGAAGAUCUUGACCAUCUCGGAGGAAAAUCCAAACGUAAAGACGAACCCCCUACCUAAUCAUGAUGGUCCCACAGUCAGUGUCGUCAUUGAAGAAGAAUCCGCAGAACCUGUGAAGUGGGUCGAUGAGUUGAAAACUCCGUUAUCCGUUGUGUUGAGAAAACUUGAAAAGUUUGGGUUUCUAGAAGGAGUGCAUAAUGAUUGCUCAGUGUGCGAGUCUGAUUCGGAUGGUUGCAAGCAAUUGAGAGAAUGUGUGCAAGAAUUGAUGAAUCAAGGGUUAGUACGGUUUUCCAAGUCCAAAGCAGCAGAAGAGGUGGCAGUGAUUGAACCGAUAACAAUUGUAUAUAGGAAGAAGAAGGUUGAAGCUCCUCCCAAGAGGAUUCAGCCAAUUCAUUUCCGUGUUCCAACUCCGUUUCCGUAUCAAAAUACCAAGGCAGUGCCUUGGAAUUAUGAGACCACAGUGUAUUUGGGAGGGAAAGAAAUCUGCAUUCCCGAUACAGAGAUCGUCAACAUCGCUGGAGCGGGAGGCAUGACUCGAAGUGACCGUGUAUUCGCUCCUAAAUACACUCCUAGGGUGUCUCCAACACCCAUAGUUAUCUCGCCUAAAGAGAAGGAAACUCCUACGCCAACUCCGCAGGCUGGGGCAACUAUACUCGCCACUCCGACCAUGACGACUGCUCCGGUAUUGACGAAAGUUAUUGACAAUCAUAAAGCUGCCGAGGACGAAGCACCCAAGGGUAAAGGGCUGAUGGUUGAGAAAGAACAAUCUAAUGAUCACAAGAAGAGUAUCACCGUUGAGGAAAGUCAGGAAUUCCUCAAACUAAUCAAAAAGAGUGACUUCAAGCUUGUCGAACAGUUGAACCAAACGCCUUCCAAAAUAUCAAUUUUGUCUUUGCUGUUGAGUUCUGAGGCUCACCGCAAAGCAUUGCUGAAAGUUUUAAAUACCGCUCACGUGAUGCAAGAUAUCACGGUCGACCAAUUUGACGACGUGGUUGCUAACAUCACCGCCAGUAGGUAUCUGGGAUUCAAUGAAGCAGAGUUACCUCCUAAGGGAAAGACCGAUAAUAAAGCACUGCAUAUUUCGGUCUCAUGUACUGACUCUCUCUUAUCACGAGUCCUUGUUGAUACUGGGUCCUCGCUUAAUGUACUGCCAAAAUCUACUUUAAGCCAGUUACAGUUCAGGGGGGCUGAAAUGUGA